CAAGCACACUUGAGAGAUUGAUACUUGAUAGAUUGAUAGCUCGCAAGAACAUUUGGUAGACUGCUAGCCAGAGAUUUCAAUCCAAAUGGAGAUAGACUUUUGCUCGAGGUGGGAUGGCCCGAUGCAAAUUGGGACGCGAGCGAGGGAGGAGGAUCUAGUCGGCGAUGGUGGCGAAUUGGAUCUCUGGACGUUGAGCAACAACAAGCGGCAAAAGACCACCCAUGGCGAGGAAGAAGAUCACGAGCAAGGGAGGCGCACGGUGCUGCACGACAUUCCGGGCUCUAUCUUGGCGGCGAUAAUCGCUCUGGUACCCGACACACGCAGCCGCAACGCAGCGUCACUCGUGUGCAAGGAGUGGCACGCAAUGGAGCGCGCAACGCGACGCCGGCUGUGCCUCCGCGGCAGCUCCGCCCAGCUCCACAUGCUGCCUACCACCUUCCAUGCCGUGCGGCACCUCGACGUCUCCAACGUCUCGCCCUGGGGCACCACGCUGUACGCCGCCCACUCGGCGGUGUGCGGCCAGCUUACCGCGCGGUGGCUCAACCGGGCCUUCCCCAGCGUCGUGGAUCUCACCGUCUACGCCCGCGAUGGUACGGACAUCCAGCUCGUGGCCGCCUCCUGGCCCGACCUCGAGACCGUACGCCUGGUUCGAUGGCACCAGCGCCCCACCGGCGGCGGCGGCGAUGGCGGCGAUGGCGGCGACGCUGCCAUGGAGCUCCGCGGCCUCCUCUCUUCGUGCCCCCGCCUCACCCAUCUCGACCUCUCGCGCUUCUACUGCUGGGCCGAGGACAUCGCGCCCGCGCUCCAGGCCGGCCCAUCCGCCAACCUCCGCGUCCUCAACCUCCUCAAGCUCUCGCCCGAAGGAUUCAAGGCCGCGGAGCUCCUCGCCAUCGCCGCUGCGUGUGGGAUCAACCUCGAGGAGCUCUACGCGCUGUGCGAGUUCGAUCCGCGGUUCCUCGACUGCUUGAGCGACGAGUGCCUGAUCCAGGUCGCCGACUACUGCCCGCGCCUCCGCGUGCUCCACCUCGUAGAUUCCACGCAGUUCUCCGCCAGCCGCGAUCCCGCCAGCGAUGAUCCGGUGUUUAGCGCCGCCGCGCUCGACGCCAGCGUCACGGUCCGGGGGCUGGAAUCCCUGUUCCAGGCGCUGCCGCUGCUGGAAGAUCUCGCGCUGCUGCUAGGCCACAAGGUAAGAGACUCCGCCCCGGCAUUCGAGGCCCUGGCCAAGAGCUCCAAGAGCGUCCACGCGCUCCACCUCGGCCACUUCCAGGGCUUGUGCUCGGGCAGCAAUGGGAUCGCCCGCUGUGGCGCCGCCGGGCUGCGGACCCUCCAGCUCCGGAGCUGUGACGAUCUCACGGACGCCGCGCUGGGCGCCAUCGCCAGCGCCAGCCCACAGAUCUCCUGGCUGGGCCUCCGCCGCUGCCCGCUCGUCACCCCGGCUGGCCUCUCCUCUUGCGUCUCGAUUCUCCGCCGGACUCUCACCCGCGUGGAGAUCGAGUGCUGCCCGACGCUGUCCACGCGCAAUCUCCUCCGCGCGCUAGCUCCGGUGCGAUCCACGCUCCAGCACCUCCACGUCGAUUGCGUGUGGGAUCAGGACCUGGAAGAAGAAGAACAAGGAGGGGCUGAGCAAGCGCAAGAGCAAGAUCAAGUGCUGGAUCUCUUCGGAAAUCUCGCCUGGAAGAAGCUCCACCACCUCUCGCUGUGGAUCUCGGCAGCGCAUCUCAUCAGCCCGCUCGUCCAGAUGAAUCUCAUCUCCCACUGCCCGCUCCUCCGCGAGCUCAGCAUCCGGGUGGAGGGCGACUGCCGCCUCUUCGCCAAGCCGCAAGCUCGCGAGUUUGGGCUGCGCUCCUUCGCGCGCUUCCCAUCGCUGGCGAGCCUCCGCCUGGAUCUCAGCGAGGCGGUGGGCUACGCGCUCAGCGCCCCCGGCGGCAACCGCGAUCUCAGCAUCUGGGAGCGCUUCUACCUCCAGGGGAUCCAGUCACUGCCCGGCCUCCAGGAGCUCGACUACUUCCCUCCCUCGGACAAGGACGUGAACUAUCGCGGGAUGACGCUGCCGGGAGUGGGACUGAUCUCGCAGUGCCAUGGUCUCCGCAAGCUCUUCGUGCAUGGCACCGCGUACGAGCACCUCUUCAUGAUGCUGCUCAAGAUCUAUAACUUGCGCGACGUCCAGCUCCGCGCGGACUACUUCCCGGCCCCGGAUAUGGAGACGUCCACCGAGAUGAGAGCCGAGUCGUGCAAGCGGUUUGAGACUCUACUCGAGAAGCGUGGCUUCCCCGACUAGAAAUCUGGAAGAAAGCAAGAUAAGUUUGUGACAUCGAUCGUAUCGUACCGUACCAGCCAGCUAUCAAGAUGUUCGCGACGAACUCGGAUCGAUCAACCGAAGCGAGAUCGAAAAGGUGGCAAUGCGAUCGUGGAAAAUAAGCCUUUUCAUCCGUUCCUCCGUUCUGGGGAGUUUGAUUAGUGUCGUAUCAGACGAUGUUCUGGAAGGCCACAAAAAGAGUGACAUGACCGACGUACAGAGAGUGAUAUUAUAGAGCGGGGCCAGCCCUUUACCUCA